AUUCUGUUGUUACCGGCUGCUGAGAGCGGAUGCGGCAUAAAACUGAGCUCCAGUUUUGAGCAUUGUCAGUUUUGAGCGAACCAGCAGCGGACUGGUGUGGUCGCGGGACAAUUGUGCUUGAUAAAAACGUUUCAUGAAGAAAUAGCUAUUUGUUCUAUUGUGUAGUUUGAAUCUAAAAUUACAUACAGACAAAAUGAAAACUUUAUCAUCAGUUUGUUAUUUAGUAUGUUUCCUGGUAAUACAAACAACUUCAGAUGAGUGGAACUAUCCUACCCCAGGUUCAAAUGGGGUAAUGAGCGAGCCAGAAAAGUGGGGAGGCCAGUGUGACAAUGGGCGUCGGCAGUCUCCUAUAGAUCUAACGCAAGCAGCUGCAGUUCGAGGUGAAUUCACACCUUUCUUUUUCAACAACUAUAAACUACCAAUUAAACAGGCGCUGCUGGCCAACACAGGACAUUCAGUUCAGAUAUCUAAUAGAGACCCAGCAGUAACGAUACAGGGUGGAGGAUUAGAUGGGCGUUUUGCGCUUGAUCAAAUGCAUUUUCAUUGGGGAUCGGAGCAUACUAUCGAUAAAACGCGGUUUGGACUUGAGCUGCAUCUAGUACACCAUGACUCGCGCUAUUCGUCCCUAGAAGCUGCAGCGGCGACUCGCAACGGAGUAGCCGUAAUUGGUGUACUUUUCCAUGUUAGUGAUCAACCGAAUAUGCACAUCGAUGUCAUUCUCGACGCUAUCGCAGAUAUUCGGAACGAAGCUGGAAAAGAGACUUUGUUAAAGGGUAAACUUUCACCACAUUAUUUGUUGCCAGUAAAUCGUACUACAUUUUAUCGAUACGAAGGUUCGUUAACCACACCGGCAUGUGCUGAAUCGGUUAUUUGGACGGUUUUUGCUAACAGUGUUGGUGUAUCAUUGGAACAAAUAGAGCAGUUUAAAGCUAUCCAUGAUCAAAACGGUAGAGAGCUAGUAAACAACUUUCGUUCUAUUCAACCCCUCAAUGCUCGAGCUUUAGUGUAUGUGAAUGUAUGGGAUGGACAGGGAAAUAGUUUAGCAACGGCCCUACGUUUGGAUACGCUCUUGCUUGGAUUGGUAGGGACUUUAAUGAUAUUGAACUUAAGAACAAACUGAUAACAUACGUUGAAGUUGACAAAGUGCAAUUGAACAACGCUUAUAGUUUCGAGAAGGUAAAACGCAACAUCUUAAUACAGUUAGCAACUUUAAGAACUUUGAGAAAGUAAUACGGCCAGGCGUCCUUCAUGAAUAAAGAAAUUAUUUUAAUAAAUUUAACUGAAUGAUGGACUAACUAAAGUUUUAUUGUAGAUUCUCACCAAAAUCAUAAUAUUAUCUUAUUAAAGGAACAUUUUUUCAAAGUGAAAGACAGUUAAAGUAAAUGAAUUAAAUAAAUGUAUGGAAAAACAACAAAAAGCAAUACGGCCAGGCGUUCUUUAUGAAUAAAAAAAAACUACAAAUACAAUAAACUUAUUAUUCCGCAAUCAUUAUAAA